AUGGCACAAUCAGUUUUGAUCAGGAAACGAGGCACAAUCAAAGCCAAGUUGGCUCAUUUUGAAAAAUUCUUGAACAGCGUACAGCCUCAAGAUUUAGCCAGACAAACUAUAUUCAUAUGCAAGAACGGUUGUACUAAUUCGAAACCCUUUUUGACAGCUUCGAUGAAAUUCAGUCAGAAAUUGAAUGUGAAUCAGAUAAUCCAGAAGCAUGCUAUGCAGAAAAGAGAGGAUUUUGAAACCAAGUUCUAUCUUCAGCUCUCAAGAGCUAAAUGUUUAUUAGAAUCACAAAGUAAUCUCAGUAACAACAUUCCUCACAACAAUGAUGACACUAAAUCACAACAAUCUGAAUCUGAUACGCAAUCAAUUUCAGAGCAAUCAGUUUACACACAAGGUCAGGCCACUCAUGUUAUUCAGUCACAAAAUGAUGGCUUCAAACUGCCUGAUGUAGAUUUACCAAAAUUCAAUGGCGAAUAUGAGUCUUGGAUGGAGUUUCGGGAAACCUUCGAGUCCAUGAUACAUAUGAUACACAGCUACACAACAUACGUAAGUUUCACCUAUUUGCGGGCUUCAUUAGCAGGAGAUGCAACCGUGUAA